GCGCUUUUGACAACUCAUCUCAAAACAACGCGCCUCCCUCGCAUCAGUUUUCGAUUUCGGCGGAUGCCGCAGUUUAGUUGUUUACGUUGCUUUUCGCGGUAAAUUAUUGUGAAUUAUUAAAUUAUUGUAGUUAAAAUUAGGCGUAAUAAUGAGUGCAAUGGACGAGGAAUACGAGGAGGAAGGAUGGAUCAAUCGUAACAACCAGCCGGGCGAAGAGGAGCCGGACGGACACGAUGAACCGCUGGAGAACCCUCAAGAAGUGCUCAACGAGUGCCUGUCCAAGUUUGCCACCUCGGAUUACAUCAUGGAGCCGGGAAUUUUCACCCAGCUGAAACGGUACUUCCAGGCGGGCGGAACGCCAGAACAGGUGAUCAACCAGCUGUCGGCGAACUAUACGGCGGUAGCUCAGAUGGCUAAUCUCCUGGCGGAGUGGUUGAUUCUAGCUGGAGUCCGGGUGACCGAUGUCCAGGCCAUGGUCGAGAACCAUCUGAAGGACAUGAUUCUGAAGACGUUCGAUCCGAAGAAGGCGGACAAAAUUUUCACCGAGGAGGGAGAAACGCCCGCCUGGUUGACGGAGAUGAUCGAGCAUCAUACGUGGCGGUCAUUGAUCUACCGGCUGGCGGAGGAGUACCCGGAUUGCCUUAUGUUGAAUUUCACCAUUAAGCUCAUCUCGGACGCGGGCUUUCAGAGUGAAAUCACCUCCAUCUCGACGGCCGCCCAGCAGAUUGAGGUGUUCUCGAGGGUGCUCAAGACGGCCAUUGCCAAGUUUUUGAACCACCCGGAAGAUUGGCAGUCGGCGAUUCACGAGUGUGCGAAGAUGGUCUGCCAUGGGCAGCACACGUACGUGUAUAGCCAAGUGCUGAUACAGGUUCUGUCGCAGGAACCCAAAGGAGGAUUCAUCAUGAAGCGGUUGGCGCAGGAAAUUACGAAAUAUGCCUCGAAAAACAAUCACAAUGUCACUCCAAUCACGAUGGCCUUGAACGGUUCGGCGCGACACCCGCAAGCGUGCGAAGCCCUAACAUCCAUGCUGACCCGAAAUGCACUGAACCCGGCGGACAUUACGGUUCUGUAUCGGAACUACUCCUCGCUGGAACCCCCGCCGAUCGAUCUCAUUCGUAAUCCACAGUUUUUGGACCUGCUGGUGGAUUCGCUGUUCAAGGUCGGCGUCAAAAUCAACCAGGAACACAAAUCCAAGUACAUCUACCUGCUGGCAUAUGCGGCCAGCGUUUGUGAAACGCCGGCGAAGAAAGGCCAACCGAAGGGUCACCGGAACAUCAACAAAGACGAACUGAAGGCCACCAUUCAGGCUGUCGAGAAAGUGCACAACAUCUGUAACGUGAACCGUGGUUCCACCGAACUGAUAGCGGAAAUUGCCACCCUGUACCAAUGCAUUCGCUUCCCGGUGGUCGGAGUGGGUGUGAUCCGGUGGGUGGAAAACACCGUUACGGAGCCUUCCUACUUUAAGCUGUGUACCGAGAGUUGUCCCCUGCAUUUGGCCCUGUUGGACGAGGUGGCCCAGGUCCAUUCGUCGCUGCAUGAUCAAAUCUUGCGGUUGCUGAUCGAGCUGUUCGAAUCGAAACAGGACGAGCUGGAGAUUCUCGUCCAGCUGGAAAUGAAGAAAAUGCUGCUGGACCGAAUGGUGAACCUGUUGACGCGGGGAUGUGUGGUUCCGGUGGUUAAGUACAUUCGGCAAUGCUGCAACAAGGGCGAUACGGACAUCUCGUUGAUCCGGUACUUUGUGACGGAAGUGCUCGAAACGAUCACGCACCCGUACUCGCCCGAGUUCGUGCAGCUGUUUCUGCCGAUGGUGGAAAACGAGGAGAUCACCGGGUCGAUGCGGGGCGAAGGCGAUAACGAUCCCGUCUCGGAGUUCAUCGUACACUGUAAGGCGCACUAUACGACGAUUUAGAGCCGAUCUAAGGUAGGUAUCGAAAGUAAGGACAAUUGCAUAUGAUUUUGGAAUAUAAUUUAUGGAAAUAAA